AAGCACCAGCGAGUGCUGUGCAAGUACAUUUUUUGUUGGUAGAGGAAGUUUAGAGCAGUAGAGCAAGUUAGAAAAUUUUCACGUGUGUCCACGACCAGCCACGUGUUGCUGUUGCCCUUCGAUUUUCUCCAGGAACUCAGAAUCACCUCCGUACAACAUAUUGUGUAGUUUCCAAGCAAUGCCCUCCUUUCACGUGAGUCAAAUACAAUUUGUUGAACACCCGUCGCACUUCUAUCGGAGCGUCUUCUUCAACUGAUGAGACAUGAACCUGCUAUCGGUCCAAAAUGGCUAUCAUAGCGUCCAUUUCUGCUACAGACCAGGGGUCGUACAAUAGGAAAAGCGACGACGUGGACGUUCUUGAAGGCCACAACUACAUGACGGAAACUACGCAACAGGAAAAUUCGGCUACGGAAAAGCCGCAAAGUAGUCCUAUCAUGGUUAAUUUUCCUCACCUGACUAUCAAAUUAGAAAAGUCCUCAGCUGUAUUUUUCCUCAUAGGGCCAAAAAAAAAAAAAUUUGCGCAGGUUUUUAUGUAUCAGAACCAGGCCCACCCUUCAGGGGGUUCUCCGGGAUAGGGUACAGCCUCCAUCUAUCAGGCUGCAUUGCGAUGGUGUUUGGGAUACGAAAAGCAGACCAAUUGAAGCCAAUCACGGCGGCAGUGCAAAAAGAAAAACAGCACGCCGUCGCGUUUGAGCAAAAAAGUGACCCUGUGGGGCCACCAUAGCAUCGGGAAUUGAAUGCAAAAAAAGCCUCUCCCACUGCUACCGUAUUUGUACUCACUCUCCUUCCUGACCCUAGGAAAAGCUAUGACCUAUAGCAUCAAAAUGAGCUGCUUUGUGAGAGAGUUCUGAUCCAGAACUCCGUCGGGGAAGUUAUUUGUACUCAUAGCAAAAAAAAAUGAGUACUCAUAGCAAGGUUUCGGACGUCAAAAUCCCAAGGAUUUUGAUCAAAAAAACAGCUUUUUUUUGCAAAAAAAGCAUCUUUUUUGCCUUCUCCGCAUUACAGCCUCGACGGUCCCAGUCACAAUUUUGGCCAACUGAGGCACUUCUUGGCCAUGCUUUUCAGCGCCAUACCGUCGCGAUGAGUCCUCUUUUUCAAAGCAAUCCCAUCACUCACAAAUAAACAGCAGGUGCAUAAUUUCCGAACUUGCCGUGAAUUGCUUUCCGCUUGGGCGAUGUUGCACGCCUUGCGUUCUGAUCUACAAACAUGCUGGAAUUUUUUUUUUUUUUGCCCUAUGAGGAAAAAUACAGCUGAGGAUGUUUCUCAUGUGAUACUGACGGCCGACCGACUUUUUCUUGCGGCGCUGUUUGCGCUGCUGAGUUAUUUUCAUUACGUGCGGUUCAUCCAGGACGCUGAUUUGGAGGAAAAUGAGGUAUUUCGCUGGAAGUACUACACCUGGAACGAAUUUCGCGACCUACCAAACCUGCUCGAGGACCAGAAUCUGCUUUACCUCGCGUAUUUCGGCUAUGUCUUCAAUGUCACGGCCUCGCCGCACUUUUACAAACAGGGUGAGGGAGGCUAUGCGCUGUUUCACGGACGGGAAGGUAGGACGGAUUGUUUUUGUGUGAAAAAGAACGCAGUGAGCACUAGUAACUCAUUUUCCGGACUUUUUUGAAAGGUCACUCUCACUGCUUGAAAAAGAAACGAAUUUUCUUAUUUUUCAAACGCAAAACACACACAAUGACCAAUCAACACCUACCAGCGACGCGGGCGCUGGCGCUAGGCUCGCUUGAGGAGUCUGACUUGGACCGGGACUUGCUCGGGCUCACGGAUUAUCAACUGCAAAAAUGUCUGGGUCUGGAAGAUUGCAACUUGUCAUGCUGUUUUUGGACUCUAAAAAAAUUUGUAUUGCAUGACCAGCAAGAGGGGCACAGUUUUUGCUACACGGACAGGGCAUUUCUCAUGCGGAAGGUGCAUCAGGGAGCCUUCUAAAAGUCUGCGAUGCUAGGUGAAGCAUUACAGGCAUCAUGGGUCAUGAGAAAUAAGCAUGACAAAUCUUGCAUUCUUCCAGACCCAGACAUUUUUGCAUUGGAUACGGAUAUGGAGCUGUUUGAGGGUCGAGAUAACUUUGAGGAGACCUACCUGUCCAAGUACCCGAUUUUAGGCCGGAUUUACAACAAAGAGUUGCCCUGGAACCAGGAGAAUGUAACGGCUUCGGAUCAUGGGCGUGGUGGAGAAGACGGUGAGAGCACCGGGACAACAUCCUCCUCUGGUUUUACAGUGCCUGCUCCAGAGAAUCUUCACCUUGACGACGAAGCCGAUGACCAGUGCGAAAAUUUGCCAUCAAACGCGACUACCGACUGCAGGGAGCGCAUCCUGCAGAUCAAACGAGGUAUGAAUCGGACCGCAGAGCUUGGCGGCGAAGAAAUAGUCGGCGCCGCAGGUGGAGCAAAGCCGGCGGAGAACGACGCAGAUGAUGAAAAGUAUAGGAGCACGACUAGGGGCAGUAACAGCACAUCGAAAAACCCCGAAACCAAUGCAAACUCGUCGAAAACGACAACCAAAUCAGGAAAGAAAAAGAAGAAAAAAGCCGCGGGGUCCAGCACUGGCGGCUCCAAAAUGCCGGCUUUCAUGUUCAAGCCGAACCCCUUUGCGUACGACCCGGAGAAGCACGGCAAGGGCGAGGCGCUAGCGCGGAAAGCAAAGAAGAAGGGCAAGUGCCCCAUGCGCACCGUGACGGAGACUGCGGUGAAGGUCUACCGCGCCAUCCGGGACACGGUACCGCUGCUGAUGCGAUAGAAAUGAAAGGAUCUGCAUUGUCUCCUGGUGCAGUCAUGGUCGCACGGACGCCGCGUGGGUGAUGUGGAUCUCCGGAUAGUACGGAGUUAAUUGAUAGUCCAGUGGGGCCGACGAGGGAUACGUGUCGGAAAGUACAAACAUAAAAAGAUUUUUUCAAUGAGUAUGUUUGUGAGUAAAUCGCAGUGAUACAGUUGAGGACAGAGACUACAACGUGUUGACGGCCGCGCAAUGUUGAUAUAAAACGGUGUUGCGACUACAGUUGGAGGCAAAAAUUUUAUCUUGCGAACCACGACUGUGUGAUGAAUCCUUGAGACAGAUUGGACAAAUUUAGGUGUUGGCAAUCUACUGUGUGUGGUGUGGGUUAAGGACUACUUAACACAAAGAAACAUUUUCAUUUUGCUCUUCCCGCGAGGAAGGACGAUAGCAUCUUUCUUUUGCGACCGUACUAGUUUUCAGUGCGGUUAUUUCUUAUCGAGAAAAGAGGGGCGACGAGAUGGAGUACGAGUAGAGUUGCUCAUUCCUACGCGUCGUAAAG